UUCAUUCAUUCAUUAAUUUAAAAUAAAUAAAUAUGCAAAACGGGGAAAACCAGAUGUUGAAAGAAAAAUUGAUAGAAAUGCGAAAAAAAUAUAUAGGGGAUUCAUGUGCACUUUUUUAUCCUCAUGAUCCUUUGUACAUAGUAAAAGGAAAAGGCACUUAUCUCUUUGAUGAAAAUUAUAAUAGCUAUCUAGAUUGCAUAAAUAACGUUGCAACAGUUGGCCACUGUCACCCUGACGUAGUUAAAGCUUCUAAUGAACAAAAAUUGUUGUUGGAAACCAAUUCUAGAUACCUUCACCCUAAAAUCGUAGAAUUAGCUUACAAACUGUCUUCAUUGUUGCCAUCGCCUCUGCAUAAAUUCUAUUUUUUGAACUCUGGCUCGGAAACCACUGAUCUAGCACUACUCCUUUCAUUUUACCACACCAAAGCUACGGAAGUCAUUGUUAUUGACCAUGCAUAUCACGGUCAUUUAAUGUCAUCUAUGGCUCUAAGCCCGUAUAAAUUUAAUCGACCUGGUGGGGCGGGAAAGAAGGAUUGGAUCCAUAUAGCCCCAUGUCCUGAUACCUAUCGUGGUUUAUACAACAAGGAUACCAUAGUAAAAGAUCGAAACGAAAACCAUGCCUCUGAAACAGAAUUUGAUUACGGAGCGGCUUACGCAUCUGAGGUGAUCAGAAUCAUCGAUGACAUUCAUAGAUCGGGCAAGAAAUUGGCCGCUUUUAUAUGCGAAUCGAUGAUAAGUUGUGGGGGCCAAAUUAUUUUACCCCCUCGUUAUCUCAAACUCAUUUACGAGGCUGUUAGGAAAGCUGGAGGCGUUUGCAUAGCGGAUGAAAUUCAAGCUGGAUACGGAAGGUGUGGGGAACAUUUUUGGGCCUUUGAGUUGCAAGAUGUUGUACCAGACAUUGUUACUAUAGGAAAGCCUAUGGGAAAUGGUCAUCCUGUGGCAGCUCUAAUCACCACCGAAGCUAUAUCCAAACAUUAUGCCCAGAGUCAUAUCGAAUAUUUUAAUACCUAUGGCGGAAAUCCUGUUUCUUGUGCAGUAGCGUUAUCUGUUUUGGAAGUGAUGGAGAAAGAGAACCUCAUGGCGAAUUCUAAAAAAGUGGGAAAUUAUCUGAUGAACAAGCUGUUUUUAUUACAAAAACGCUUCCCAAAUAUUAUUGGUGAUGUGAGAGGUUCAGGCUUGUUUAUAGGAGUUGAAUUGAUUGAAGAUAUCGUGACCAAAAUACCAUCUCCAAGUUUAGCCGAAAAGAUUAUAUACAAGAUGAAGGAAAGAAAAGUUAUUAUUAGUAGGGAGGGUCCAGAUGGAAAUAUUUUGAAAAUCAAGCCUCCUUUAUGCUUCUCAUGUCAGGAUGCCGAUAUGCUGUGCAGAAAUUUGACAGAAAUAUUGGAAAAUAAUAUUUAAUAAUUUUAAUUUCGUGUUAAUGUGAAAAUGAAUGCUAUUUUAUCUUAUAAAGCUGACAAAUCAGUGCAUCAAUUUAUUCUUUAUAUUUAAUUAAUGUUAGUCAAAAACCCGGAAAUUUUAAAUAUUUAUUAUA